GGCUUUACGAAAUUUGCCCUAAAAAUUUCAGUUUUUGGUCCGGGCACACUGAUUGAUGUGUGACAGGCAAUGAAUGGGGUGGGAAUUGGAGCGUAUGUAGCUUCAUUUUAAAGUGUUUUUUUUUUUUAAGGUUUUGGGUACCCUACCAAAUACUAGAUCCGUCUUUUUGGGGUCUAGAGAACCCCCAAAUGCCUCUCAACUUUACCAACCGUUGGACAGAUCGAAAAUACCGUUAGAAACUUUCCAACCUCUUGAAUAGUUCUUAUUUAGUUAAUAAUAUAUAAUAAAUAAAUAAAUGAAUGAAUAUUGGGGGAGGAGACGAGGAGUUACCCAACCAACACAGCUCUAAGGCAAAUAAGAGUUACAGACGUAUACAGGGCUCUAGAGAUAAUGAAGAAGAAGCAGAUCAAACAAGUUAUCCGGCUGGAGCGAGAAUCGGUAAUUCCAAUUCCAAAGCCGAAGCUCAUCAUGACCUUGGCCAACCUCAUUGAGCAGAGUUCUGACCGUGCUGAAUUUGUAAAGCUUAGCAAGAGAGUUGAGUCCACAAUUAGAACUUGGUAUCUUCUACAAUUUGAGGAUCUAAUGCAAUUGUACUCCCUCUUUGAUCCUGUUCAUGGGACUCAGAACUUGGAGCAACACAACCUAUCCCCAGAAGAGAUCAACAUUCUUGAACAAAAAUUCUUGACAUACUUAUUUCAGGUGAUGGAUAAAAGCAAUUUCAAGAUAGCUACUAAUGAUGAGAUUGAUGUUGCACAAUCGGGGCAGUAUCUUCUACAUCUUCCUAUUACAGUUGAUGAAUCUAAGCUUGAUAAGAAGCUCUUGAAGCAGUAUUUUGCGGAGCAUCCUCAUGAAAAUCUUCCAAAGCUUGCUGAUAAGUACUUAAUCUUCCGACGUGGCAUUGGAAUUGAUCGGACAACUGACUACUUUUUCAUGGUGAAAGUUGACUUGAUCAUUUCACGUUUAUGGGCAUGGCUUUUGAGAAAGACUAGUUCAGAUGAGUUUGUUUCUGUCAUGUACACUAUUUUUUAUAUUAUUUUUAAUCCUUUCUGGGCUUUUGUUGCUUGCAGGCUAGAAGGGCUUUUUUCCACAAAGUCCAGUACACAGCAUAAGGGAGAUCCAAAUAAAGAUGAUGAAAUUAGCACAGAGACAAAGCAGGAUGACUUAUAUGUUGAAAGGAUCCAUAUCGAAAAUAUUGAACUCAGUUUACGCAGUCUGUUGAGCAAGAUCACAAUCCAAGAACCAACCUUCGAUAGGAUAAUUGUUGUUUACAGGCUAGCAAGCACCAGAACAAAAAUGGAACGAGGAAUAUAUGUGAAGCAUUUCAAAAAUAUCCCAAUGGCAGAUAUGGAAAUAGUCCUUCCGGAAAAGAAAAAUCCAAGUUUAACUCCAAUGGACUGGGUUAAAUUCCUCAUCUCUGCUAUAGUUGGUCUGGUUGCUGUAGUAAGUUCGCUUGACACGCGCGAAACUGAUUUUUGGGUCAUUUUUGCUGUCCUCUCCACAACGAUUGGUUACUGUGCUAAGAUAUACUUCACGUUUCAGGAGAACAUGACUACAUAUCAGAACUUAAUUACGCAAUCCAUGUAUGAAAAACAACUGGACAGUGGAAAGGGGACUCUACUUCAUUUGUGUGAUGAUGUGAUUCAACAAGAAGUAAAAGAGGUAAUUAUUUCAUUCUUUAUAUUGAUGGAACAGGGUAAAGCUACCCUACAGGACCUUGACCUGCGGUGUGAAGAACUAAUUCAAGAAGAGUUUGGUGAGUGCUGUAACUUUGAUGUGGAUGAUGCAGUUCAAAAGUUGGAAAAGUUUGGCAUUGUUGCUCGGGACAUCAUUGGGAGGUAUUCCUGCGUAGGUCUCAAGCGUGCUAACGAGAUAAUUGGCACUACCACAGAGGAGCUUGUCCUCAAGGCGAAACAGGUUACAAGUGCUGCUGCUUGAUAUUUUAUUGUCUUUGGGAAGGUAAACCCCACUGCUCUCCCAUCCCAUGCCCUAAUGGCUAAUGGCUUGGGAGAAAUUCACUGGCAAUGUUUGUUUCUACAUCAACCACCACCUCGACGUGGACAUCUCCCACUCAGGUCCCUGUUUUGUUAGUUCUUUUAUUUAUGUUAUAACUUUCAAAUGUUUUGGGAAUUAAUGUAAACUAUAUCGUUGGACAUGCCGGCAGUAAAAAGCACUCUCUUGAGUCUUAACCCAUGUAUUUAUCACCAAAUAAAGUGAAAGUUUGAGAAUUCAUGUUCAAUGUGUUAUUUGCCGGA